GUUAUCAACCCCUCCUUCACAGUUUCACUGGUAAAGAAAUAGUCACUAGGUCGCCAUAAAGUGCAAUAGUUUCCAAAUAAAUGUGUAUGAGCUUUGAGAAUCCUUUAUGCUUUGAGUGUUUUCCAUUGGAGUAACACAAUGGACUGGAGAAUUACUACAACUGUAUUCUUGUCAGUGUUAAAAGCUGCACUUUGUUAUAACAUCGAACCCGUGGCUUGGAAGACAUUGACUCAACCUGCUGCAGGUUUUGGAUACCAGGUGGUGCAGCGGGAAGUAGACUUGCUGGUCAGUGCUCCUCUUGAACAGUAUUCACAAAGAGGAAGAGGACAAAUAUAUAAGUGCUCCACCGAAUCAUGUAGUAAACUAUCGGGUCCAGGGAUCCAAUUUCCCAUCAACAUGUCUCUUGGUUUGACAAUGGCAAGUGAUCCCUCCAGACAAAACACUUUGGCGUGUGGUCCAACCAUCCCAAAGGAUUGCCAAAGUAUCACCAUGUACAGCGGUGCAUGCUGGCAGAUAGACCGUAAUGAUAAAUUUAAGGGUCCCGUACCUUCUUCUGAUCGAGCGUGCCCAUCAGCAGACAUUGCAUUUCUGUUGGAUGGCUCUGGCAGCGUAUCAAAUACGGAUUUUAAAACAAUGAAAGGUUUUGUGAAAAAUCUGGUCCGCUCACUCCUGCCACUAGGCACAAAGUUUGCCAUUGCCCAAUUCGCCAGGGAUCCCAAGAUCCAUUUUUUCUUCAAUGAUUUUCUCUCUGGAACUAAACCAUGGGAAGCUAAAAUUGAUGAGAUUAAACAACUCGGGUCAACAACUUACACAGCUGAAGCCAUCAAACAUGUGGUCACAAAUGUUUUCAUACCAAGUAGAGGUUCCCGGUCAAAUGUGAAGAAAGUCUUGAUAGUCAUUACCGAUGGAGAAUCACACGACCGGCGUGAUUUGCCAUCUGCAGCAGCGUUAGCUGAGAAGGCAAAUAUUGUUCGAUUUGCUGUUGGAGUGGGGGACGCAUUUAAGAAACCAGCUGCAAUAAAUGAACUGGAGACCAUUUCAUCUUCUGCCACAGAAAACGUAUUUCAAGUGAAGAGUUUUGACGCACUUGAAAAAAUAAGGGAGAGUUUGCAGGCCAAACUCUUUUCCAUUGAAGGAUCAAAAAGUGGAGAGUCACUGAAACUGGAAAUGGCUCAAGAGGGAUUCAGCGCAGCUUAUGCGCCUGAGGGAAUUCAGAUGGCUAUUGUUGGUGCCAAUGAGUGGAAAGGAGGCUACCUCCAAUACCCAGUGUCGACAAGCCUCAAGACGAGCUCCUAUGAGCCUAAUAUAGAGGCUGACAGUUAUCUGGGUUACUCCAUGGCAGUCGCUAGAACGAGGCAAGGCACAUUAACAAUUGUUGGAGCUCCAAGAUAUCAACACAGAGGAGUUGUGAUGGUAGUUUUCCAAAACUGGAAGCAAAAAAAGAUUGAUCCCUUUCCAUGGCAGUUUCAGAGUGGUGAAUAUUUUGGGUCAGUUGUUUGUGCGUUGGACGUGGAUCUUGACACUUACACUGACCUAAUCCUCAUAUCUGCCCCUAUGUUCGUGGACACCGAUAGAGAGGGACGAGUUUACGUUUGCGACGUAGCUGGUUUGGAUGUGGAGUGUCACUUAGAUUCUCCGUCAGUACUAAGAGGGGAGGCAUCCCACAAAGGAAGGUUUGGGUCUUCUCUCGCUAUGGUGCCCGAUCUUAACGAAGAUGGUCUCAGUGAGUUGGCAGUUGGAGCGCCUUUGGAAGAUGACGGUCAAGGCAGUAUCUACAUAUUCAAUGGUGAAGGAAGAGGAAGAAUCAGUUCCGCUUACUCACAGAGAAUUGCUGGCUCUGAAGUCCGGUCAGGACUGAAGUUCUUCGGCACGUCGAUCAGUCAGUCGUCUUUUGACCAUAGUGGCGACAAAUUGCCGGAUUUAGCUGUGGGUUCAAAGGGCGCAGUUGUUUUACUUAGGUCAAAGCCUAUAGUAACGGUACAAGCUACAGUGUCGUUCAGCCCAAACCAAAUCUCUACUCAAGGCUCGGACUGCUCAAAGCCUUUGAAGAACACAGCAACAAUCUGCUUUACCAUGACCAAGCUCUCUCCAGUAGACAGAGCUCAAGCAAUGAUUAACUAUACUCUAACGCUGGAUGCCACCCGCAAAGUCCCAAACAACCGGGCCUACAUUGUUGCAAAACAGCGAGAGAAGAUUGGAACAAUUACUCUUGACUUACUGCGUCGAAGAUGUGCCAACGUUGAGUACUUUGUCGAGGCCUGUCCAGAUGAUUCCCUCAAUGCACUUUCCAAUGAACUCAGAUUCACCUUUAAAGGUUUACCUAACAACGGAAAUCCCCUUCCGAGUCUCGCCCUGCAGGUGCAGACAACAAGCUUUCAUCCUUUAGGGUUCGAGAUCAAUUGCGGCACAGAUGAUAAAUGUGUCGAUGACCUGAAAUUAAAUUUCAACUUCAGCAGUUCCUCAGAGGUUAGAGUGGGCAUUGAUGAACUCUUGGAUGUCACUGUCUCAGUGGAGAACAGCGGGGAAAACUCUUACAACAGCCGAGUCAGUCUCACCUACCCAGCCGAUCUCUCAUACAGGAAGUUUACAAUUCUGCAGGGAAGAAUCGAGUGCAGGUCCUUGGACAGUGAAGAUGGCAUUACGAGAGGAAUGACAGACUGCACUGUUGACAAGCCUAUUUUGAAGAGCAACACUAAGGCUUUCUUCAUCAUCUCCUAUGGGAUCGAAACUAACAGUCAACUUGGCAGGAGGAUUUUUGUCUCUGCUAAUGCUACCAGUGGGAAUCAGGAGCACUCCGACUCGAGUGAACUCUACAAAAUCAAAGGGAUUGAUGUGAAGUACAGCAUUUUUGCUACGAUUGAAAGUACCCUUAGCUACAGCAACUUCUCUUCCGGCAAGAAUAAUCUGCACAAACCAGUCCAACAAUCGAUUGUGGUUACAAAUGAUAUUAGAGCUCUGAAUUUCACUGUGGUGAUCAGGGUGCCAGUGAAGCUCGGUGAUAAAGACAUCUGGGUGGAUUCCCGCAAUUUGCAGAUUCCAGAUUGCCAAAGAGAAAUGGAUGAAGUACCUAUUGUCACAGAUUUUAUUGCUAAGAUACAGAAAAAUAAGUUGGUGGACUGUUCUGUAGCCAGGUGCACAGUUUUCAAGUGCAGUAGGUUCAUGGGAAGACUGGAGAGUAAAAAGUACAACAUCUCUGCCAACCUUAGUUCGGGAUGGAUAGAGCAGAUUGGACUUCAAUCUGCCAAAUUCCUCUUGACCAGCACAGCCAGUCUGGAGUACGACAGUAACCAGUACAUCUUUUUUUCAACGGGGUCUAACAACAAGCCUCCUGUUCACAAGAUUGAGGCAGAGGUAGAUGUGUAUCGUGAACCAGACUUCACCAAAGAGAUUGUUGGAGGAUCCCUGGGAGGGUUGGCUUUCCUGGCUUUACUCACCGCUGGCCUGUAUAAGGCUGGAUUUUUCAAGAGUAAAUACAAGGAAAUGAUUAACAAUGAUGCGGCAGAUCCGGGGGUUGAUGGAGACGCACCCGCACCGGAAUGACAAAUAUAAAAUCUGCAGCUUUUUCACAGACGCAGCUUUUUCCAGAUCAAAUCUACUCAUAGAAGCAGCCUGACCGCAAAGCAACAAAGCUGUUUCAACAUCUACAGUGGCACCUACGUCAACUCUGAUUACUUCAUCUGAGCCAUUACUCAGAGCUCUAGCAUUUUUAUAAUGUUUUUGGCAUUUUCAGGACGAUUUUUGGGGAAGAAGACUACUUUGGGUUGAAUAAACUAGAAAGCUUAGCUCUAUCUGAAAUCACUCCCUCACUCUAGCAUUCAUUAUUUCCUAUAACAGAGGUUCCCAACCAGGGGGUCAGGAAUGCAACAAGGGGUCGCAAGAUGAUUUCCUGGUUAGGAAGUAAUACUAAGUCAGUGCUGUAAAGAUUUACCUCUUCUUGUCCCUAAAAAAGUCUGAGCAGAAAAAAUCUCUUUCACCCUUGAAUAAAGGACUGCAAGCAGACAUCGGUU